UAAGGUAAAUGUCCCCAUGGCCGACCAUGUUCCCUCUACCGACUUUUUUGACGUGAAACGUUGUUUACGAGGCUGCUGAUUCAACAACACGUUCAUUAGUGCAGUGGAAAAAUUCAGGAAUUCGUGCAGUACAAAAUAAUUAUAACGUGCAGAAAAUGACGAAGACUAAGAAGGAGAAGAAGAGACAGAAAUACACAGAAGAAACUUUAAAAGCAGCUGUAGCUGCUGCAAAGGCUGGGCGAGGACUUCGGGCAGUCAGUCUCCAAUAUAAUGUACCAAAAACCACUAUCCUCGACAAAAUGUCUCAGCCUGAAAUAGUUCUGAAGAAAGGUGGACCUCCGACCGUACUUUCCGACGAAGAAGAGCAACAAAUCGUUCAGUGGAUGAUGCACAUGAGUGUAUGCGGAUUUCCAGUCACGAAAAGUAUCCUCAUUUCUAAUGUGGCAAGUCUUAUGAAAGAACUGAAUCGAGAGAAUCCAUUUACAAAUAAUUGCCCAGGCCGCAGCUGGUAUGAUGGAUUUCUCAAGCGUCACCCGGAGUUGGCACAAAGAAUUGCCCAAAAUCUAUCAUACUCGCGAUCAUCAGUAACCGAAAUUGCUUUACGAAAAUGGUUUGCCGAAGUUAAGACUCAUUUAGAGAAGGAAAAUGCUGCCGAUCUUGAUGCGACAAGGAUUUUUAAUUGCGACGAGUCAGCGUUUUAUCUCAGCCCAAAGAGCGAAAAAGUAUUAGUAAAAAAAGGAGAUAAAGCUGUGUACAACUUUAUCAAUAACGAUGAUAAAGAAUGUUUGACAGUUUUGUUCACGGCCAGUGCUGCUGGCGCAAUGGCACCGCCGAUGAUUCUUUUUACAUACGAAAGGAUACCUGCCAGCAUAUCUGCAAGUAUUCCCGAAUCGUGGGGAAUAGGAAAAACGGAGAGCGGGUGGAUGACCGGCGAAAGUUUUUUCGAGUAUAUCACGAACGUAUUUUAUCCCUGGCUGGUUGCAAAUAGUAUCUCAUUUCCUGUCGUGCUGUACAUGGACGGGCAUUCGUCACAUCUAACUAUGGCGCUUAGUGAAUUCUGUAGAAUUCACAAGAUUAUACUCGUUGCGUUGUACCCUAAUGCAACGCAUGUAAUACAGCCACUUGAUGUUGCCUUUUUUCGGCCAGCAAAAGGUGCCUGGCGUAAAGCGACGACUGAAUGGAGAAUGAACCAUAACGGCAGACGAAUGAGAAAGGAGCACUUCGCACCUCUACUCCAACAAGCUCUCGAUACGAUCCGCAGCUCCGAUAUUCUGCGUAGAGGAUUCGAGGCUUGUGGUUUGCAUCCAUUAAAUCCAGAUGCUGUGAAUUAUCAGAAACUGAUUUCCCGUUUGAAAUCAACGGUUGAAACAAACAAACAGAGCGCAAGAGAAAUUCCUGAGGCUGAUCCUGACAAUUUCCUAACAUUCAUCGAAAAAUACAUCCCUAAGACUACGCUGCAGAAUUUUAAAUCUUCUGAAAACCUGGAAUCGUGGACGGGCGAUUUAGAGGAUCAGAGUCUUUUUCGAGUUUGGAGUGCUAUUCGUCAACGUAAUAGAACUUUAUUUUGCUAAUAAUUUGCUUUAAUAAUUAUUAUUCUAUCAUUUUUUUUUCAAUCUUGCUUUUCCUCGUCUUCUUUACUCUUUUCUUCGUUUC